UGUAGCAACAGGGCAAAGGGGAGCAGCUGAGAGCCACGGAGCCAGCACCACAUUUGUGUGGAUAAAAAGGAAAGAAAUUGAGUGAAGAGGAAUUCAUGAAACAGCUGGCAAGAAAAGCACUCAGCCUUCUCCUUUCCCUGCCGUCAGGCAUGAGCAUCAUUUCCCUGAGAGCCUUCUGGCAUGUGAAGGAUGCCAAAAGAGAAAGAAAAAAUGCAGCAACUACAUGACCAUUUUCACUUCCUAAAGUGGGUGACAGAAAUUCCCCCCAGGUCAUAUGAUCUUUGUUGAAGCUGCACCAGGAAGAGCAGCAGCAACCAGUGAGUGCAGGGCGUCUCCAUACAAAAGCCUCUGCUGCCUGAGCCAGAGGUCAGAGCAGCACAGGGAUGUGCAUGCGAAUGCACACAUAUGUACCAAGGUGAGGUGCAAACACCCUCCCAGCCGGAUUGCCUCUUGCACAAUUCUGAUUCUGUGCAAACUGACAGACCUUUUAUUUUCCCUCCAUUGCUCCACUUCAAGCAUGUAUCCAGAGCAGGACUUCUGAGAACGCUACUUCCUCCAGCACAUCUCUUGGAAAACAGCCCUCCUCUCUCCCUGAUUAGAGGUGGCCAUCUGCACCAUGAUGGAGAUAAUGGCAAUGAGAACAUGGGUUGAGCCGGUGGUCGCAGGCUCCCAGGUGGCCAGUGCCUUCUACGACACAGCGCUGCUGCUGGUGGUGAAGAACUUCUACAACCAGACCAAUUCAACCACCCCUUCCCACGUACUGGAAGAUGCUCAGCAGAAAGCCGUCUCUAAUUUUUAUAUCAUCUAUAACCUUGUCCUGGGUCUCAGUCCACUGGUGUCAGCCUAUGGCUUGUCCAAGCUAGGGGACAAGGUGCAUCGCAAGAUCCCCAUCUGCGUCUCGCUUCUUGGCUACUUGGGCUCCAAGUCUCUCCUGCUUCUGCUGAUCCUGCUGGACUGGCCAAUUGAGGUGAUGUAUGGGGCUGCAGCCAUCAAUGGGCUGACAGGUGGCUUCACCACAUUUUGGGCAGGCAUCAUGGCUCUGGGAUCUCUGGGUUCCUCUGAGAGCAGGAGGUCUCUGCGGCUCAUCAUUAUUGAGAUGGUGUAUGGCCUUGCGGGCUUUCUGGGAAGCAUGGCAUCUGGCUACCUCUUUGUUGGCUUCAACUAUCACUAUCGAGAGGGCACUGUGCUGGUGAGUUGCAGCAUUGCCUGCUAUGCUUUCUGUCUCCUCUACAGUGCUUUUGUGCUGACAGUCCCCAAGCCAGCAACUUCCUGCCCAGACAAAGCCAAGAGUGUAGAAGAGGCUGGCAACCAGCUACCAGACCACACAGGAGGAGCAAACAGUGCCCAGCCUUCAGAGAGCAGCAGCCAAACUCCAGUAACACCCUCAAAAUUAAUCAUCAUUAUGCUUUUUGUGGCAGCGAUCCUCUAUGAUCUUGCCGUAGUUGGUGCAAUGAAUGUACUUCCACUCUUCUUGAUCAGGGAGCCUUUGAGUUGGAAUGCCGUGGAGAUCGGCCACGGCAACGCUGCUGGGUACAUAAUUUUCAUCACCAGCUUUCUGGGCGUACUUGUGUUCUCCAAGUACUUUAAGGACAUCACCAUGAUCAUGAUCGGAGUGGUAUCAUUCAGUGCUGGCAUCCUCAUCAUGGCCUUUGUGCGGUGGACUUUCUUGUUCUACAUUGCUCGAGCAGUGAUGCUCUUUGCCCUCAUCCCCUUACCAACCAUCAGGUCCAUGUUGUCCAAGCAUGUUGAAGGAUCAUCCUAUGGUAAGGUGUUUGUCCUGCUGCAGCUGUCCUUAGUCACCACGGGAGUAGUGACAUCCACAGCCUACAACAAGAUCUACCAAAGCACGCUGAACUGGUACAGCGGCUUCUGCUUUGUUCUGUCUUUCCUGGCUGGCUGCCUGAGUCUCUUCCCUUUAAGCAUUGUGGCCAUCAAACAACAUUCAAGCACUGGUUCUUUUCAGAUUCCGACCAAGUGACAGAAGCUGUACCAUCCAACACAUCUUUUAGUCUUGAUCAGUUCUUUGAGGAAAUGGAAGGUCUGCCAAGCAUUUGCCCCUCCAGUUAGUUUCAUUACAAGAAACUCAUCUACGUCUUCAUCCACACAUGCCAUACUCUCAGCCAGUGAGGUCACCCAGGACAAAGAAAUUUGCCUUGUUAUUUCUGCAGUACAUCAUCAUGCAGACUGAUGUGCACUGUCUGUAGGUCACUAUCAGUGUUCUGAACAUCUUUUCAUUCUAGGUACUUAGCAAUAGUGCAGAUGGACAAGAACAGGGCAGAAAUGAGAGGUGUGUUUCCAAGCACAUCAACCAGUUUAAGAGGAAAGCAGUGGAACAGCCAUUGUUCUCCAUUAUUGUCUUCUUGUCCAUCAAGUCUGAAACCCCAGAGCAGUUCUGUGACUUUGGCUUACAUGGUAGAGGUCCAGAAGCAGCACACUGGGAGUGCACAGUGGUCAGCAGGACGGGACUAGCUUCUAACAUACUACAGACAAGAGUAAAGAUAACUGAUGUUAUGAAGAAAAAUACAGAAAUGCCAUGGUAAAAACAAACAAACAAACAAACAAAAAACCCAAACAAGAUUAAGAUAAAUUUUUUGUAAUCCCUACAAUAAAACAUUUCUUAAUACA